UCGUCAUGAGUGGUUGUGUGCGUGUCGGUAGCUCUCGAUAUCUGUGAACCCAUCUCGUUUAUCUCUCAAAUUCAGGCUUUUUUUAAUUUUUAUCUAGAUGUAUAUAUGCCUAUAUUUCAAAACAUAUUCAUUAAUAGGUAAACAAUUAACGAUAAUUUGAAAAUUAUUUUAAAUUUUAUAACGGAUUGAAGAGUGUCAAAUGAGUACAUUGAUCUACCUAACUUAGCAGCAUGACAGAAAAGCAUGAUGGAAUCACCGAAAUUGACGCACACAUUAGUAAAAAAUAUGACAUCCGCCGGCGCAUCGGCAAAGGGGCAUACGGGAUUGUAUGGAAGGCAGUAGACCGGCGGUGUGGUGAGGUGGUCGCUGUUAAGAAAAUCUUCGACGCGUUCCGCAACGAGACGGACGCCCAGCGAACCUUCAGGGAGAUCGUCUUCCUGCUCGAGUUCUCUGCGCACCCUAACGUCAUCAGGCUCCUUAAUGUCCUUAAGGCGGACAAUAAUAAGGAUAUCUACCUGGUCUUCCAGCACAUGGAGACAGACCUGCACAAUGUGAUCAAGAAGGGCACUGUACUGGAGGACGUACACCGCAGGUACAUAAUGUACCAGAUGUUCAGAGCCACCAAGUACCUGCACACGGGCUCUGUCAUCCACAGAGACCUCAAGCCGUCGAACAUCCUCAUCGACAGCGACUGUCGGGUCAAAGUGGCGGACUUCGGGCUGGCCCGCAGCGUGGGGCCCGCCGCAGGACUGGACCGGCCCGGUGACCCGACCCUCACCAACUACGUGGCGACCCGCUGGUAUCGGGCCCCAGAGAUACUGCUUAACUCUAGGAGGUACACGCUGGGGGUUGACAUGUGGAGCCUGGGGUGCAUCCUGGCGGAGAUGUUGUUGGGUCGUCCGCUCUUCCCAGGGUCGUCGACCCUCGACCAGAUCGAGAGGAUCAUGGCUGUCAUCGAGCCCCCCUCCAGGGAAGACCUGCUGCAGAUCCCCGCCCAGUACGUGAACACAAUACUGACGAAGGCACAGCAAGACGAGGCUCCGGACGAGGGGCCUGCGCCCCACGUCCCCCAGCUUCGGGACCUCCUAGCAGGGGCGCCCACGGAGGCCGUCGACCUCGUCGAAAAGCUCCUCGUCUUCAACCCCGACAAGAGACUGACUGCUGAACAGGCUCUUCGUCACCCCUUCGUCGCCAAAUUCCACAACGCGGACCACGAGCCGAGCAUGGAUCGCGCGGUCGUCCCAUGCAUCAGGGACGAUGUUCAACUCAGCGUUGAAGUUUACAGGAACAAACUCUACGAACUCAUCGCGUCGCGGAAGAACAGAGUAAGGAACCACGUAGCCCGCGUCGCUCAGCACAAACAGAACAAUAACCUCAAAGAUGAUCGAAACUCUAAGAACGAAAAGAUUGAUCGGGACAGCAGAAUUAUGACGACCCACAGUAAUGGCGUCGUUAGACAGAGGAGUUCUUCUAAGAUUGAGGCCAUUCAUUACGGUCAUAACAGAAACCGUAACGAUGAUCCUUUAACGCGUAACCAAACAGACGGUGGUGGUAACGGUCACGAGUAUCAUGAAGGUACUCGAGGUGGGAGGGUACGUUCCAGCAGCGUCAGUACCCCACUCCAGAGAUCGUAUUCUGUUACUAGAGGACACCCAUUGGAGGACGGGCUGCAGGCCUCUGGCAUGAGCCAAUCUUAUUGUAAUGGAGUUUCUGGAUCAAACCUCAAGAAUUCUGAUAGAGAAGUGAGCCCAAUUAGAGCGCUGCAAAAUGGAAGUCCUCCAGACCUGCGGUGUAACGGCCAUGUAAGUAAUCAGAAUCAUUCCCAAGGCAACCAUAAAGGCAGCAACGUGAACUCCCAAGCGAGACAUGAGGUUUCCCCUGCGACCUCGAACCCAAACUCGGCAGACAUGAACCAAAACUCGGCAAACAUAAAAUAUUCUAGCUCGUCUGGCUCUGCAAUGAAAGUUCGGGUCAUUGCCAGAACCAUCGACCACGGAAGAGGAUCAACCGACAACGGAAGAGGAUCAACCGACCACGGAAGAGGAUCAACCGACCACGGAAGAGGAUCAACCGACCACGGAAGAGGAUCAACCGACCACGGAAGAGGAUCAACCGAUAACGGAAGAGGAUCAACCGACCACGGAAGAGGAUCAACCGACAGCGGAAAAGGGUCUAAGUCUCUCGAAAAUCGCUGUCCCCAGAAAGCGCAUUCGGUUGGUCGCAACCGGGAAAGUACCAGCUCAUCUUCCAACAACAACCAUCACCCUCACCAGCGGCGGGAAGAAGCUGGUGCCGACGAAGGACGUCCCAAGGACCGCUCGUCGCCGGAGAAACAAACCCCGACGUGUAACUCAGGGAAGUCCUGGUCCUCGGGGGGCAGUGGUGGGAGGCCGUCGGAUCUUUCGAGAGGCCGAAGAGAAGGAUCAUCUAAGGAUCAGCCGUCCUCAGUGGCUGUUGCCAGCUGUGGGGGAGUAACCGUGACCGUGGCACAGAACUCUAGCUGUCAACUCCCUCGCAGUUCAAGCAACAGAACCAUCCAUGGUACCGAUACUUGUAGUGAUACAAGUCCUACCAUGACCAGAAACGACGUACCUUCCAAAUCUGGAGUGAUAUCGUGUAACUCUCGAAGUGGUUACGAAGUUACCAAUCAGUGGGACCAAAGGAGUAGUGGUAGUGUGAUCUACCACUCGAAACCUGAUAAGCCUCGACCUGACUCAGUGGUGGUUGUGCACAACCGACGCAGAUCUACAGGUUUGGAUUACGAUUCUUUUAUUUACGCUGCUAACAAGUCUCCAUCAAAGACGGCGGCACAUUCACCAACCUCACCAAUAUCACCAUCACGCAAAUUUCAAGGGCUUAGCGUCGAUGACAAAGCACAUUUUGUGGAACCUAAGCACCAACCUGUUCCACCAUCGGACCACUCCAGGCUUGCACCACACGGCCAAGAGACAACCACCUUUUUGUCUCACUCCCGCCAUGACAAGCGUUGGUCCCUGGACCACCAUCGCAAUCCGCAAAUGAAAGCCAGUCACGGCUCACCAUAUGAUGUGAAUAAUGAUCACCACUAUCCUAGUACCUCUGACACCACUGCAACCACCAUUUGUGUACCUAGCACUAGUGUAGCUACCAGUUGUGAUGUACUAGGAGCUCCGGGAUACUCGAGGACUCCUUCAACCCUCCUCCCAGCGUCGGCUGUCCGUCACCAAAUGACGGCCGCCCAGCGACGAGGUGUCGCGCAGGCGUCGCCGCCGCGACGACGUAGCACGUCCAGAAGUCCCUCGUCAGUAGACCUUCCUGACGUGGUGGACGUGCACGGCGUCACGUCCAUUAGUGGACGGUCCAUCCCGGCCUUUAGGGGACAGUCCAUCCCGGUCUUCGACGGACGUUUCUUUUCGGUCAUCGACGUACGUCUCAGGAAAGCCGGCGCUCGCCGACCCGUUUACCAUGUCCUCUCAACAAAGCUCGUCUCCGUCCCCAGCAAAAAAAGACUCCGCGAAGUUUUUCGCGUCAGACUUGAACACGGGCAACCCGCGCUCAGAUUUUCACAAGAAAAGUCCAUUACCCAACACUCCUGGUGACUUCCUGGACUACUACACAAGGUAUUUCACCCCCAUUGGAGGGGCAAAUCCAGCUGGGGACAAAGAUACUGUCAAAAUUUGUCCCUCGUUUUCGUCACACGAUGUGACGAAUGCCACGUCAUGGUCGUCACAGAGCCGCCGGAACAGCGAUAGCUUUUCCCUGACCAAGUUCAGGAACGUGAACCACAAAUUGCACGAACCAAAGCGUUCGCUGCAACACGAAAUUGAUUUUUUCAAUCACCGCAACGUUGAAUCGUGGUCCCGGACGUCCCUACACAGUGAGGGGGUCGGCGCCCCCCUCCCAUACCCUGACUCUAUCAGGUCGGGGGGUAAAACUCGUCAGGAUAUCAGUUCUUUGUUUGGGUCUUAUUCUUCGUUGAUGCUUCGUAAUACUUCAGCUCAAAACGGGAACAAGACGCAGCUUCAUCCUACUCGAGGUUCAGUGACCCCGUCGUACGAAGGCACCGCUAGUAGGCCGUGUGUGUCGCAAGCCUAUGCCACAAUUUCCUCUUCGGCCUAUCGAGAACUCACGCAAAAAGUUAAAUAGCAAACAGCC